GUUUUGGCAACUUAUAACACCAUAUUUAUAUAGCACCAACAGCAUAUAAUACAAGUGAACCCAACAAGAGUAUAAUACAUUCGUCUAUACUAGUAAUGACGUAACACUUCUUCACAAUACGUUGAACGGGCGCGGCUACAAAGUACACCCCUACCAGUGGCUACAUGGGUCUUACUUAUCCUUCCCCGCUCGCGAACUUCAGUUUCCAGCACCCUCGGAAUUAUUUCCUUCUAUUUUGUCUCCGACAAGAAUACAGCACUGUAAGAACUUACAGUAAAAUAAAUUCAACAUGGACGCAGUAUACGCCACGAUCCUUGAAGACGGGUGCAAGUUUUUGCCUGGAGACGAGAACAAAUGGCGUGAGCUUUUUGAGCCUCAUUAUCUUGAGUUCUCUAAAGAUAUUGAAGUCGUCAAGGAUCAAGUAUAUGGCCCAAAUGACAGAAAUGCACUCGAUGUAUACAUCCCAGCCGGGGAGGCAACAAACCGGACUGUCAUGAUGUAUGUCCAUGGUGGCGGCUUCCAUUCUGGCGAUAAGAGAUGGAGUGAAAAGUGUUAUGCCAAUAUUGGUUACACGUUUGCUGCUCAAGGUAUUGUGACAGUCGUGAUUAACCACCGCUUAGUGCCCAACAUUGUCUACCCUGAGGGUGCAGAGGAUAUCCAACUUGCUAGAGAAUGGAUUCACUCAAACAUCGGAUCACACAAAUUCGGCAAUGGAGAUAUCAACAAGGUCAUCUUAUUUGGCCACUCUUCAGGCGCUGCGCAUAUUGCGAUGAAUCUCUAUGCUGCUGGUGACCCUGAAAGAGUCUCUAGAGAUCCAUUGAACCCACCAGUCGCGGGCGCCAUUUAUAUUGAUCCUCCCUGCUGGUACGACCGCCGAAAGCCCAAGAGACAGGAGGUCAUCCGCCAUUACUACGGCUCUGACGCUGAAGAGGUUUGGGGACCUAAAUCCGUUGUUGGCCUAUUCAACGGACUACCCGACGACUCUCCUCUGCUGGACUCGACCAUACUGCCGAUCUAUCUCGGAGCAUCUGAAUACGAAGUGCCUGAGACCAGUGAAGCAGUUGUGAGAUUCUUGAACGCCUACCGUGCCAGAAGCAAGCCAGCCGGUACGCUGCCAUUCUUCCAUGUACUCCCCAAGCACAAUCACGUCAGCGAUGUUUUAUCAAUUGGAACACCAGACACCGAACAGCGGGACGUAGUGCUCAAGUUUAUAGCACGCUGCUUAGAAAAUAGAAAAUAAGCAGCUAGUGAUAGGGUAGACCUAGGAACGAUCACAGACCAUUUCUGAAAGCACCACAAAAUUGAUUACCCGUAUACCAAUACUCACUUCGUCGCCUCGGCCGGUUUUCCGCCAAAAUUCCGUUGUAUUGCCUGCCUGAAAUAUUCAGCAACAGUGACGGGUGGGCUAGAACACGUUAGUAGCUGCACUUCAUAUUAGGGCCCAGCCGUGCAUGGAUCCAGUACUUACUACUUUUUGCCAGGACCCUGUACUACAAUGUCUCGGCAGCAUUGAUUAAAGUAGGCCAUAGAAUAUCGCGCAGCUGAAAAACCCACAUCGUUGGCCCGCACCCGAUGAAAGUUUGACUUGAAGCGGUCGUCGGACCAAGACACUGGUCAGGAAUGUUAGCACAACUAGUCUUACAGAGCGGCUUCACUCACUCAGCAUAUCACCAAUGUUCACCACGAUCGGCCCCGUGUGCGCUGGCACGGGCGUAAACGUGUCUCCCACGGCAAAGCUGGUGUGCGAUUCGCGGCCCGGGCAGAUCUCCAGCCCGUCCUCGCCAUCGCGCUGGAAAAGCAGGGUUAGGCAGCCAAGAUCCGUAUGAACCCCCGCCCUCCAGCUGCCAGCAGCAUCAUAUGACUGCGGGUAGUGGAGCAGACGUAGCUGGCUAAUGCAGUCAGGAUGGGUCGGGUCGUUGGCCGUUGGUAGAUAGGCUGGAUCAAACCCGAGAGCCGAUGAAAAACAUGUCACUAAUGGAUCAUUAGCCUGGGUUUCGGUAUCAAGUUUGUGGACCGGCCUGCAGACAAGCAGGGGAACAGGCGGUGGGCAGACUCACACACUUGAUCCGAGAUAGCGGUACACUUGGCCAUGAACGCCUGCGUUGUUGCAUGAAAGUGCGGCACGUCCUGGUCCGAUGGCCAUUCGGAAGUUCGCAUCAGCCAUAGUGACUCUUUUUGGUCGUAACUGCCGGUGCUCGGUCGCAGCUGAGCCUGCAAGGGAGAGGUGUGAGUGAGUGUCUUGUCCCAUCGGAGCUGAAUCUACCUUGUACUCCCAGCCGUUGUUUGUUUUCACAUCAUGUGCUGUCUUGGCUUUGACCUCUGAUGGAAGAGCAAAGAACCGCUUCGCAAUAUCAAACUGGGCCUCGAUCUCGUCGACGGUGAUGCCGUGGUCCACUAGGGUAAAGAAGCCUGCAAACUCGGCCGCUUCGACGAGCUGAGCUUGGAUUUCCUCUUUGCGUACAUCGUAAUCUAUGUGAAAGUUAACAUCUUAGUUGUCGAUUGUUCAUUCAAAUUUGUAAAUGAGUGUCAGUUGCGGUGAUCACCUUUGAGAGAAAUGGUAGGGAUGGCUCGUUCAGUCAUGGUCGCUGAGAAUGCGUGUUUGGCGUGAGUAGCUUGCAGUAGUGUAAAGGUGUAAUGCUAUGAAAUUCAAAAAAGACCAUUUUAAUUUGUGGAUAUGGUUGAUUUUCUUCUCAGCCCAAUGGAAUCUUGAUCCGUUUAUGAACGCAUGCGUAUGUGCAGGCACUCUUUAGGUGUGAGGGCUGCAUGGUCCUGCAGCCAACACUUAGUGCAGAUAGCGUGCAUAUUCUUCCGUGAGACAGCACAUAAAACAGCGGACUGCAAGAUUUUUUUACAGGGUUCGCGAGUCGAGCAAGGCCAGGGUAGGAUCGA